AUGACCAGCAACAACGAUGACAACGAGAAGAAGAUCAGUAGUAGUAAAACGACGACGGCGUGCUGCAGCAAGGUGGGGAUAAAGAGAGGGCCGUGGACGGCGGAGGAGGAUGAGUUGCUGGCCAGCUUCAUAAGGAGGGAAGGAGAGGGGCGCUGGCGAACACUGCCGAAGCGCGCCGGACUCCUCCGCUGCGGGAAGAGCUGUCGUCUCCGCUGGAUGAACUACCUUCGCCCCUCCGUCAAGCGCGGCCGCAUCGCCCCCGACGAGGAGGAUCUCAUCCUCCGCCUCCACCGCCUCCUCGGCAACCGGUGGUCUUUAAUAGCUGGGAGAAUUCCUGGGCGUACGGACAAUGAGAUCAAGAACUAUUGGAACACUCACCUGAGUAAAAAGCUGAUCAGCCAAGGGAUAGAUCCGAGAACCCACAAGCCUCUUAACCCGGAUGAUCACGACACCAACAAUUUAUUACCUUCUUCUUCUUCUUCCAAAACCAACCAUCACAUAUUCGAAUAUCCUAACCCUAACAAUAGUACUAUUCAAAAUCCAACUGUUGGGGAAGAUCAAACAACAAGAAGUGGUGCAGUUGGGAUCCAAACACACAACAAGGACAAUAGCUACGACCAAUUAGUUGAUGCUGAUGAUCUUGGUCCCGACCAGUUUCAAAACACUGGGAAAGUAGUGAAUUUUCGUCAUGGCUACGAAAAUUUGCCUGGUAAUUUGUACGGAUCCGAGGUUGGUUUCGGAAGUAUCACAAACAAUAGCCUUGUUGUGGGCAACCAUGAGGAGGACAUGAAUAAUAUUGAUGAUGAUCUAAACUGCUGUGAUGACGACGUGUUAUCUUCAUUUCUCAACUCGUUGAUCAAUGAGGAUGCUUUUUCUGGGGCUCAAGUACUGCAGCCUAAUGGCCUCAUCACACCGUUCUCGACCGAUGCGCCUUUCGACUUCGUCUCGGUGAAUACUACUUGCACUAAUGGCUGGGAAUCCGCCAUAACAUCUCGUGCUAAUGAUUCCGAGAAGGUUGAUGAUCAUCGAGUUGAAUAG